GAGAGGAAGGGCCUUUACGGAUCACCAUAUUUGACCGGCCGGGGUUAGGUCGGGAAAGCUGCUUAGAGAAGAAUUCAAUUAACCCAAAGGGUUGGUUAGCUGUGGAGCGAGAGAUGCACCCACAAGCAAACCAGUUAAACCAUGCAUUAGUCAGAAGUUGAUCAUUCUAGUCCCUGUCGUCUUUGACGCGUUGGACAGUUACUGGGGAACUCCCUCUGUUGCAUUGCAGUAAUCUAUUCAUGGCCAGUCAUUGACACAGAUAAAAUAGAAUGAUUUCUGAGGUCCCACUAAUUAAGCUUAGCUUCAACAUCAUCACCCUCUUCCCCCUUGUCUGUGUCAAACAAAAGAGGAGAGCUAUACAACAAUAAUAGGCAGCUUCAUCUCUCUGAAAUGACUCCCUUAUUAGCCUCUCUGUUGUUAUUAUUAUUGUUACUGAUAAUCCCGGGCGCAACUGUGGCUGAAGAAGUGGAGCCUUGCACGAGCAGGUCUUGUGGAGGAAUCGAGAUCAAGUUCCCUUUCGGUUUAAGAGGAGUCAACCAGAGUCGUCGAUGUAGCUACCCAAAGUUCAGUGUUUGGUGCAAUAAUCAGAGCCAGACCAUCUUGACGCUGCCAGAAUCAGGCGACUUGGUGAUCAACGACAUCGAUUAUGCCUCCCAAACCCUUUGGGUCAACGAUCCUGGUCAGUGCCUUCCAAGACGGUUCUUGAGGGGCCUCAACCUUUCUUCAGCUUCGCCCUUCCAACUCGAUCCUGACCUUUACAAUCUCAUCAACCUCACCUUUCUUCGUUGCCCUUUCAACUUGACGCAAAGUCCACUCACUUCAGUUCGUUGUCUUAACGAUCCUGCCAAUUCCUCUUUCGCUGUGACGUACGUUUGGAUGCGAUCCAUUCCUCGGCCUUUGAAUGAAUCUUGUGAGGUCAUUAAUUCUUCUGUCCCCUACCCGAUUUCCGCCAUAGACCCGUGGCCUUUCUGGGUCGAUAUCGACGAGGAUUUACAGUUGACGUGGGGCAGGCCACGUUGUGGCCCCUGUGAAUCUCGAGGACAAGAUUGUGGAUUCGCCGAGCGUAUGGGUCUCCGAACAGGAUGUUUCUCUCGUUCCCAGGAAAGCUCAGGCGAACUCGACAUAGCAAAGUUAACUGCCUUGUUUUCUCCUCCAUCAAUUAGCAUGUUCCGGAGUUAUUUAGUUCUAACAACUCUCAUUCGUAGGCAUGAAACUGUGCUAAUUGGGAAUUGAUUCUCCGGACUCUGUUUCGCACAAUGAAUUCCUUAGUUUUAACAUGAAAAAACACUCAAAUAUUCGGUUUAAUUCAUGAUAUGCCAAAGUUUUGGGUUUAAAUUUGAAAUUUGUGAUAUGUGUAGUUAAUUAGUGGUUAGCG